AUAAUCUACACUGAUGUGUGAUCAGACUGUUUCUAUGGUGAUAUGGGUACAGAUGCAUUAAUUCUGCCCUACAGACGUCAAAAAGCUUCGCUGCUUUGGUUUUGUGGCUGAGAAGGAUUCCUGAAUCAGUGUGAAGAGCUUCUGAUCUGAGCUCCGCUGAGGUUUGCAGAUGUUUAAAAUAAAUGAAGCUGAUUUACUCAGACUGAAGGAAACAGAAGUGUUCAUGUCAGACGAAGUCAAGGGGAAACCAUGAAAUCUGGUCUCCUUUGGACUGGAGUCUGGGAAGUUAGAGAGAUGAAGUAGAACAGGAAAGUUUAAUAAAAAUCUGUGAAGACAAAGUAAAACAAAACAGAAACCAGACUAACAAGGGGAACACAAAGAACUCAGAUAAAACCCGAUGAACUGUUGGAGAACAAACAGAAGCAGCAGAAUGAUCAGAGGAACAGAUGAAAGAACGAGAGGAUUAGAUCAGACAGAAAUGAACAAUCAACGAUGUAAAGAGUCUGAGCUUUCUCCGGAUCAACACAUGAACCUGGAUGCAGCAACUCAGAGCUUCAGCUACAAGAUGGUCAGAAAGAUGAGAACAAACGAGGAACUUCAGGAGUGAAGCAACCUGCACGAUUCCAGAGAUGUUUGAAGGAAAGUCUGAUGACAGAGGUUUUAUCCUGGAGUUCUUGGACCAUCCUGUGACGCUGUAUGAGAGCAGAUUAAUCACCAAAUCCAGACUGACAUAAUCAGUCCAGACACCAGCCGACCCGUGGAUUAUUUCCUCUGCAGCUUUAUUUGACUCACUUUGCAAACAGACCUUGAAAAACUGAACCUGGAGCUUCAUGAUGGAGAAUCUGGAGGAGGAACCGGCAGAAACCUGGGACAGCAGAGCAGAGCAGGAAGAGGAGAUGUUGGUCGGUGAAGGUCUGGAGGACUGGAAUGGAUUUAUCUCAGGAGGAACCGGUGGAGGUGAAGCAGAGGAAGAAGAUCUGGUUACUGAAUGGAGACCUGGAGAACCUGUCCGUCCACAACAUGUCCUAAAGCUGAACAGCUACACUAAAGACUACCUGUGCUCACCUGAGGACAACGUCUACAAUGUCAGCUUCUCUCGCUUCAAGAUCAGAGAUGUGGUCAGCGGAGCCGUCAUCCUGGACAUCAAAAAACUCCAACCAACUGAAAUUCAGGACAGCAUAGAACAUGAAACCAACAGAUUCAUCCGGUAUCACUUCUCUCCGGCGUUUCUGACCCUCAGAGAAAUCGGAGCUACGUUGGAGUUCACGGUCGGCAGCAAAGCUCUGAGCCGCUUCCAUCUCAUCGAGAGGCAUUUCUACAGAAACCUGCUGCUGAAAACCUUUGACUUUGAGAUUGGAUUCUGCAUCCCACACAGCAGAAACACCUGCGAGCACAUCUACUGCUUACCGGACCUGGACUCAAACAUCGUUGAGGAGAUGAUUAGAAACCCGUUUGAGACGCAUUCGGACAGUUUUUACUUCGUCAACAACAAGCUGAUGAUGCAUCACAAAGCCGAGUAUUCGUUCACUGGAACCGACUCGUCCAGAGAAUAGGAGCUGAAGACGAUCAGUUUAACCUGAACAGGACUAGUUAUGACACUAGAGCCGGUUAACCAGCUGCAUGUUUGGACCAUUUGAGAAGAACCACCAGGAACAUGGAGAACAUCCCAGAACCUUCCUGCUGUUAAACACUGGAUUUAAUUAAACUUCCACCCAAACACAUGUGCAAUGAAAAGUGAAAUUAAAGGUGCUAAAGCCAU